AUGCAAUUCACUACCCUUACACUCACCACCCUUCUCUCCCUCACCUUCGCGGCCCCUGCAAGCCUCAAAGUCCGUUUCCCCAUCGGCCGCUACAACAAAGUGCUCCCACCUUCUGCAACCUCAAUCUACCACGGUCAGAACGGCGCCAUCGACUACGGUGUGUACCGAGGCGAAGUCUCCCGCAGCAACUGGGAUGGCCGCGACAAUAGCACACUCGUAACAUUCGACUUAAAUGGCCGCACCCUCCCGGAUACUUGCUUCCUACACUUCUGGCUCGAGCCCAAUAGUCAGUACAACGAUCCUGCUCGGGGCUCAUUCGUUUCCGGGACAGGCUUAAUUGAUGUCUUCUCGAGCUUGCAGCCGGCACCGAAGGAGGGCAGUGAGGGCUGGGGUGGCCCAGGAAACCAAAGGAACAACCCGUUAGGACGUGUGGAAGCCAACUUCGCCGGUGAUGCGACGACGUUGGACUCUGCGCCGAAUCAGUUGAGUGGUUUCAAGUGUCCGAGGGUCGGAGACUGGAAUGUCAAGGAUGGGCUUGUUGGAUACGAGUUGGUCCCUGUCGGUGAUGCGGACAGCAUUCGGUGGGAUGCUGCAGUUAGUGGGCUCUACUUGAGCUGGUAG